AUGCUCUCCAAGCUUCCUCUCCUCGCGGCCUUCAUGCCGACCGCUCUCGCCUGCUUGGGUUACGAGGGCGGCGUGCCUAAGGCGACGGCCACUCACUCCAACAGCGCGGUCAUCGAGGUUGCUGCUGGCCAGGUGUUCGACGGUGGCUGGGCCAGGUACGACCGUGGCUCCGGUGCCUGCGGCGGCCAGAACGAAGGAGACUGGAAGGACGCUGUCUUCUACCUGCAGUCCGGUGCGACUUUGAAGAACGUCAUCAUUGGCAAGAACCAGGCCGAAGGUGUGCACUGUAACGGACCCUGCACGCUUGAGUUUGUCUGGUUUGAGGAUGUCUGCGAGGAUGCUAUUUCCGUCAAAAACGACAAGUCCGGCCAGGAGACCUGGAUUAUCGGUGGAGGAGCCUACCAUGCUAGCGACAAGGUCGUCCAGCACAAUGGAUGCGGUACCGUCAACAUCAUCAACUUCUACGUCGAAGACUACGGCAAGCUUUACCGCUCCUGCGGAAACUGCAGCAAGCAAUGCAAGCGCAACGUCUACGUGGAGGGCGUGACCGCACGCGACGGCGGCGAGCUGGUCGGCAUCAACUCCAACUACGGCGACACUGCGACGCUCAAAAACGUUUGCUACGACACCAAGAACCCCUGCGUGACGUACGAGGGAUGUGCUGGCGGUUGCGAGCCCAAGAAGGUCGGCACCUGCUCUGGAUAG